AUGUACAGAUCAGAUAGCCAACGGUCUGGAAGACAACGCCCAUAUUCAGUGAACAAUCCGUUCAGAAACGCGUCUCAUGACUCGAGCAUAAACCAGUAUGAAACAGAUCAAGAGUUCCAGAGUUGGAUCUCGCAAAAUGCCAGACCAACGCCAUAUUCCAGCGGGAGAAGACACGAUUCCGCGUUAAGUUUCACCGAUUCCAUAGAGGAAUCGCCCGAGUUCGAUGAUGAUUUUAGCACGGACGACUAUUUCAUUGACGUUCAGUCCAACAACAAUAGCAGCACAAGAGCCUACUCUGAUUCCAGAAGAAUGUCUCCCCCAGUACCAGCCAACUCGAAUAAUCCGUUUUUGAGCGACUUGUCGCCCGAGGAGCUUAACAGCGGAAGAUCUAGAUCGUUUAAAGAAAACCAGCCACGUCAACAACCGAGUAAGCAGCAACAUCCAACUGCAGCGGAGGAAAAAGAAGCUCUAAGAAGAAAGUAUUUGCAAAUCGACAACGAGGACAUUCCUCCCCCUCGCAGAAGUUCCCCAAGAAACCCACGUCAUGCUGAACUUCCCCCAUCUUACGACGAAGUGGCAGGAUCUAAAAGUAGAAGCAACGGAUACCCUAAGGAAAAGUCUUCAUCUGGAGAACGCUCUCGUUCCCACUCUGACAGGGAAAGGGAUCGUGAACACAGGCCAAAAGAUCGCGAUCGCGAACGUGAACGUGAGAAGGAAAGAAGAGCUCGUCAUCGUGGCGAAUCUGGUACCAACGGAAGCAGCUCUCAUCGUCACAGAAAAUCAUCUUCGGGCAGGAAAUCGAGUUCGCCAGACAAAAGGGACAAGAGUAAGGGUCCUUUGCCUAAAAAUGUGGACACUAUCGAUAAGUUAGAUGUUACAGGUUUGUUCGGUGGUGCAUUCCACCAUGACGGUCCCUUCGAUGCGUGUACCCCUCAUCGUAACAAGAAUACUAAGGCAGCACCGGUUAUGGCUUUCCCAGCAGAUGGGCCAAACUCUAGUAUCGCUGGGCCUACCGCAACAAAGUCUGUUAUCAAGGAAGUGUUUGGCCACGAUGAUGUUGACGAUGACUAUCUAUACAAACCUAACGGUAGUACCAUAAUCAAUUCUAGUACCACAACUGUGGAUGCUAUCAAACCAAACUCAAACGAUGUCACUCAAUUUGACGCCAAGAUGAAAACGGAGUUGGUUCACGGGCCAACAACUGCAGGUCUAGGAUCUACCACUUUCUUGGACGGCGCUCCAGCUGCUCCAGCUGCUAUCAAAGAUGCAGCUAACAAAGAAUCAUCUGGAAUACAAAGAAAGAAGUCCUUCUCUCAAAGACUAAAAGUAGGGACCAACAAAUACGACGACGUUAGACUGAGAAAGGUAUCAUCUGAUUCGACCCCUAAUUCUCCAUCUAUGCUUGAGCAUAGCAGUUUCGACAACCCUCGUAACGACAAUUAUUAUUACAGUGGCAAAGAUAAUGGAAAUGACAACGAUGACUACUACGUAGGUACAAGUUCAUCGGGCGUUCGUUUCGAUUCCAAUUCCGGCCCAAAGAAGGAGUCUACUAGUAACAAGCUGCUAAGACGUGUGAAGAGUUUAAAGGUAAGCAGGAGGUAG